UAACAUGUAGUCAGUCGGGAUUUCUAACAAGUUUGAUGUUUCAUAGUUUUCAUUACGUCUUGUUUCUUGUAAAAGUUUUGAAAUGUUAGAACGUAUGAGGACAAUUCAUGAUAUGCAGGAUGAAAUAAAAACAGAAACCAGAAAGAAGAACAUCCUGAUUUUGGUGUUAAACUACCUCAAUGAAGAAGGGUACCUGGACUCGGCUGCAGCCCUCGGUAGGGAGACUAAUAUCGAUGUCACAAAGUUCGAGGUGUGCGACAACAUCGACCUGGACACCAUCGUCAUGGAAUAUGAGUCCUACUACUAUGUCAAGUUCGCCAAAUAUCCUAAAAUAUGCAAGAAACUUACACAGAGCGGGCUAACUGACAACCCCUUCAAGCUUUCUCUAACUACAAAAGGCAUACCAAAAAGUGAUAGAAGAAAUAAGAUGAGUCGAGCAAACAGCAUGCGUCUUUCUGGGUCAAGCAGUGCUCAUUACUUGAGCCAAAAGAACCAGACUCCUUCAUUACCCAGAAUUCCACAGAAUGGACGGGCCCCUAGCCCACCGCAGAGCUCGAAUAGACCCAAGUCCGGGAACCAGAUGAACGGUCGACAGAGAACGGUACAAUCGUCAACCCGUCGGCCCAAUGAAACACUAACCCAUUCCAAAUCAACACCAAGCAUUAUGAAUGGGGUGCCCAAUGGGGACACCUCAGGACUGGCCCUUCAGGGCCUAACAGUGCAAGGAAACAGCACCCAUGAUAACAAACCUGUGGAGCCCCCGCCAGAAAGGCUUCCACGGGGAAAGCCCGGACAGAUUAUCGACAUCCGUGCCAUGUUGAAUGAUGCCACCAAGCUGCAUGUAGAGGAGGGUUCAAACGAGUUCACAAACGUUGGACAAGUACAUACAGACAAGCUGUUGAAGCCUCUAGGUGGAUAUGUUGGAUACAAUGCUGAAUGGAGAGAACUCGCUCAAAAUAUAAGCAGGGAUAUUUACUCACAAAACCCCAAUGUUAAAUGGGACAGUAUUAUUGGUCUAGAUGAAGCAAAGAGGUUAGCCAAAGAGGCAGUUGUAUAUCCAAUAAAGUAUCCACAGCUGUUUAAAGGGAUAUUAAGUCCAUGGAAGGGGUUGUUAUUGUAUGGACCACCAGGAACUGGCAAGACCUUGUUGGCAAAGGCGAUAGCGACAGAAUGUGGUACAACGUUCUUCAAUAUCUCUGCAUCAAGCAUUGUCAGUAAAUGGAGAGGCGAUUCUGAAAAACUAGUCAGGGUAUUAUUUGAGAUGGCAAGAUUUUACGCUCCUUCCACGAUAUUUCUGGACGAGUUGGAAGCCAUCAUGAGUCAGAGGGGCUCUACAGGUGGAGGUGAACAUGAAGGGAGUCGCAGAAUGAAGACGGAAUUGUUGGUACAGAUGGACGGAUUGGCAAAAACAGAUGACCUGGUCUUCCUACUAGCUGCCUCAAACUUGCCAUGGGAAUUGGACCAUGCGAUGUUACGACGUCUGGAGAAGAGAAUUCUAGUGGACCUGCCCACGUUUGAUGCACGCAAGGCCAUGUUCAAGCACCACCUACCCCGUGUUGUCAACCCCAGCGAGGGUGGUCUGGAGCUGCUAUCAGAUCUCGACUAUGACCUUCUUGCACUGAAAACCGAGGGAUAUUCAGGGUCAGAUAUCCAGUUGGUGUGUAAAGAGGCAGCCAUGAGACCAGUCAGAAAAAUAUUUGAUGCCCUCGAAAACCACUCAGAAGGCCGAGAACUUCACAUAAGAUUGGACACUAUUAUUACAACAGACGUCUUAAAGGCACUUGAGCGAACAAAGCCUUCUGGGAAGCAAAUGAAGGACAAAUAUAUAGCCUGGCAGCGGGAAUACGAGUCUGUCUGAUGUGUCUAGAUAACAAAAACUCAUGAGAUUUCAACAUUCCGUCCACUGAAUAUUUUUGUCUGUGAUAGAGGAUUGAGGUCUAUAAGACAUGUGCUGAUGUUCUUUUUUUUGUUAACUCUUUCAGUGAUGGAACCGAAUUUUGCAGGCCUUUGCAAACAUUUUAAAAUUCAGCAGACGACAUUUUAGCAGAUGACAAAUUUCCCAGCAAGCAAAGGGUUAAAGCCUGAUUUUUAGAGGGCAUUAAUGCUACAUAUAGGAUGGUUCUCCAAUCAUAACCAUUUCAGUUACAAAACUGUUUAUUUAAACAAACUUGUACAAAUUAUUGGUUUUGAUGCAAGCAUAUAAAGUUAAGUUUAUGACUUGAAAUUAAUGAAAGCAAUUAAAAACUCAUCUUGUAUUUUAUAAGUACAACAUUUUAUUGAGUGUUUGUUUUUAGUACUUUGCAUAUACAUGUUUAUCUUUGUUGUGCCCAUAGGUUACUUCUUAUUGUCAUGUGUUUUAAACCUUCUGUGCAUUACAUUAUAUUAUACUGAAAUUAAAUUACAUUUUAAUAGGAUAUUAAAUUUUGGUCAGUACCAGCACAAUGUGCUACCAGUUUAUUCUGUGAAAACACAAUUGUCAAUUUUAAUGUGAGAUAUGUUGUUUAUAAUUGCUUGACAUAUUGUCAAGAAAGCUAGUAAGAUGUAGAUUACUAAGCUAUUUGAGAAAUAAAUGUAAAUGGACCAGUUCAACAGAUGUUUUUAUGAAUUUGAAAAAAGCUUUGUAUUUUGUGGUUGUUUUAACUGUGAUAAAGUAUUUUUGUUUACAUAGUUAUAUUUUUUUAAACAAUGUUGCAAUGUUUUUUUACGCAGUUGCAAUGAAAAAUAUAACAUAUAUAGUAAUACCGGUAUAUUUAUAUUGAUUGUAGUACUCCAAAUCAAAAAUAUUAUUAAAGGUGAGUCUAUGUAACACUUGCAAAUAUUUUUUUUAAUGCAAGUUACCCUUUGUCUUUUAUAUACAGGACAGAGCAUGAAACUCAAACACUACUAAAGCUUGUGCCACCACCUUGUAAUGGUAAUUGAAAGCAUUGGGGUUUUAAAUGCUAACUGAACCUCAACCGUAGCCCAGAAAGAGUCACAAAAUGAGCAUGUGUCUCUGGAAGAGGCUUUAAUUAGUAGUGCCACAUUACAUUGCUUAUUGUAUGUGCUAAAUGUUUAUUAACCCUUUCAGUGCGGGAACCGAAUUUUAAAGGCCUUUGCAAACAGUUUGGAUCCAGAUGAGAUGCCACAGAACGUGACGUCUCAUCUGGAUCCAAACUGUUUGCUAUUCUGAUAGUAUUCUUUGAAAAUAAUGAAGAAAAUGCUUAUUUUACAAAUUCAGCAGACGACAUUUUAGCAGACGACAAAUUUCCCAGCAUGCAAAGGGUUAACGGACGGCUGUGAUAUGACUGAAAUACUGUUGAAAACGGUGCAAAACCUAACAAAAACAAUAAAUAUUUAUAACAAAUAUUAUUUUAAUAGAUCAGUAUUAGUCUUUAACAUUGUCAAUUACUGGUACAUAUGUAGGCAUGUUUAAAUACUUCAAAUCUAUUUUUGUGUGCACAUGUAGUACCUUAUAAUGGCAAAAACUGUUUAAACGCUUUUGUGAAGUGUUUGAUAUUUAAAGAGAAACAUAAUAGUGCCUGUGUGUUAAUGUUUUCAGUGAAACUACAAAUAAUUACACUUGUAUUUUGUUUUUAGCUGACCUGAGCACAAAGUGCUGAAGUUGAGCUAUUUUGAUCAACCUAUGUCAUGCAUCAUGAAAUCUGCUGUAAAAAGGGGCAUGACUUCUAUUGAUUUAUAUGUUAUUAAUCAUUUGAGUGGAUUUUUUUCAGUCUGUACAAAAAAUAUGCACCCUAGUGAUUACUGCUUACACAAAUAACAUUGAAUUUAUUAAUGCUAAAUUAUUAUAUUUUAUAUAUAUUGAUGUUGUUCAUGUUGCACUUUAAGUCAUGUUAGGCAAUGAUUUUGUAAAACAUUCACUGCCGUUAAUUGCUUUGCGGGAAAUUUAUGCAUUCAUAAAUCUCCAAUUUAUCAGGCCUCUAGAGUAACUAUCUUUCUGUAUGAUGCAAGUUUUUUUAAAUAGUGAAUUUUUGUUUUCAAAAAGCAGAAAGAAUUGUAUUUAAAUUUAUAAUAAAAAUCAACCAUUAGCUAGUGUUGUUUUUUUUCCAUUUUGAUAGCGUUUUCAACAAGCAAUUCAGCUAGUUUUUUUAUGAAAUAUGUUGAUAGGUUUGGUUACCCAUUUAGUGUUACAUAUUGAUGUAUAUCGAAUAGUUGUUAAUGACUGAAAUGAGCGUAAUUUAUUAACAUGAUACAUAAGUGUACAUGAUCAAAAGAACUAGUUAAAUUUCUUGACCUAAUUUGUUUAAUUAUAAAAGUCAGAAAAGAUAUUUGCAAAUGAGGGAUAACAUUGUUGAAACAUUUCACUUUUGUAAAAUUAACAACUUAUUUACCUAUGCAUCACAAAAUACUGCAACAAUUGUGUGAUUUCAUUUUGUCUAUGAUAAAGCAACAGACUGCUGCUAUAUUCACUUGCAAUUUACUUUGCACAAACUAUUUGUUAUGUCAUUGAAUUGUUUUUGUGUUUGUUUCUGUUGUAAUUUGACAAAUACUAUAUCAAAAAUAUAAGGGUGGGGUAACAUUGUUUUGUGCAUAAGUUAAUUAAGAUAUGUUCUAAAUUGAUUCAGUUACUUUUACAAUGGCUCAUUUAAAUUUUUUGGAUUGUUCCUCUUUUUUUAACAUGCUAUUCAGACUUCAGCCAAAAGAAAGACAGAUGUCUCAAGUUUAAGCUAUGUUACAGUUACCGGUAUUCUAAAAUUUAACAUUUCUCUGCACAUCCUUUAUGUUUUAAGUUAAAUUAUCCACGAAGAAUCACAGUACCACAAUAAUGCAUAAUUUAUUUGUAUUUAAUAUGUGAAUGUUCUUGUUAACUCAAUCUAUGCAUGGUUUGUGAUGUCUAUAUUUGUGUGAUCACUGCUGAUAAUCUAUAGUAGAUGUUAACCCACAUAUUUAUAUUUGGUAUGAACAUGUCUAUGCAUUGCAGCACUGCUUUUUAAUAUUGCUAUGCAUUGCUUCUAUGACCCUGUGUAUUGUAUACAAUCAUUUACAAUAUAAUGGAAUAUUUAUGAUGGUGAAACUUGUUAUUUUGUGCAAAAAUCAAUAAAAUUGGAAUUGAA